GUCAUCAUAACUUGACUCACUCACGUCACACGUCAUUUCAUUAAUGACAUCAAUGUAUUGCCUUCAUUCCGUUUUAUUGGUCUAUCCUACGCCAUACUUUUUCUUUGCAUGUAAUUAGAAACCAACAAGAACCUUUUGAUAUUAUUCAUUGUUUUUUACAUAGUAAGUUCUGAGCAUCGUAAAAAUGGAAGAGCAAGGAGGCAGUUCUGUUCCCAGAGUAAGUGACAAGAAGUUGGCGCAGACACAGGCUAAAGUUGAUGAAGUUGUCGGCAUUAUGCGUGUCAAUGUCGAGAAAGUUUUGGAGAGAGAUCAGAAGUUGUCUGAGCUGGAUAAUCGUGCUGAUGCCCUGCAGCAUGGAGCAGCGCAGUUCGAACAACAAGCUGGUAAGCUCAAACGGAAGUAUUGGUGGCAAAACUUGAAGAUGAUGUUGAUAAUUGGUGCUAUUGGUGCAGUUCUACUUAUCAUUAUAAUAGUAUCGCUGACCGGUGGCUCUUCAGGAGGUAACGCUAACAACAAUUCCGCGCCAGGGACAGAAGCUCCUGCUGCUGGUUCAGGACGAUAAUCAACAAGAAUGUAAGCCAUGAAUGAUCCAAGGAUUAGCUUGAAACUAAAAUAGUUCAGUUCGGAACUUGACUGAAUGCUGUAAGAACCUAUAUUCUUUAAAUCAUUUACCUUUGGGCUUUAUAAGAAACGGUAAAAGACUACAUAUUUGAAUGUGCUUAAUACCCUAUAUAAUGAUUGUUACUUGAAAUGUUUAGACAAUAUAUUAAUGUUAAAAGUAAUGCAGCAGAUGCUGUGAUUUUUCUAGGUGUUUCUGCAUGUAGGUUUAAUUUUUAUGGAAGAAGCCACAGAAACAACAGUUUUGAUGUUUAAAAUGAAUGUUUUCAAUUUAAUGAUCCAUUUUACUAUGUCCUCAUUGUUACCUAAUUAUAAACCCAUUAACUUAAAAGCUGAUGUUGUAAACCAAGAAUAAAAACAUAUUUUUAAUAAAUAAAUAAAUAAGGUACUCAUGUUGCAACACUACAUCUAAAAGACAUAUUUUGGAUGUAAAAAGGUUUCACAAGAUUUGUAAUUUUAAAAAUGUUACAUUGAAUGUCCAACGUUUGUGUUGUUUUCAAGAAAAAGGUACCACAUUUCCUCUUGCCAUAAAGAUGCUCUGACAAGUUAUUUGUAUAAAGAUACAAGCAAAUUUCGUCCUUAUGAUAAGCGUCAAUGUGGUACCUUAUUCUUAAUAAUGUCACAUUUUGUACAGAUUUAUAAUAAGUAACUAGUAUUAAUCAAAGUUAUGUAUGGCAAACAAAUAAUUAUAAUGGGCCAAAUAAGGAACUGAUAUUUUUACUACUAAACAUUUUACAUGUUUUGCCAAGGAGUAUAAAAGUUUAACUAAUAAUUGACCAACUUAUUCAUAAAACUUAGCAACAUAUAACCUUUGUUAAAUUUUGUCACAUUCUAGUAAACAGAAAUGUUUAAAAAAAAUAUGGAUAGGGAUGAACAAUUAUUGGUUUGUUAGAUUUUGAAAGACAGUUAUUCAUAACUGUCUCUCAAAAUCUUAUGUAUCUAUAUGAUAACAAGUCUGGAUUUAGCACAAUUUGUAUAAAAUAACUAAAGCACAAAGUGUUUCAAAUACUAGGCUGAUUCUACAUAUUCAUUACUAUUUAUUACUGGGAUUUACUGUAGUGGGUUGGGAUUGGGACCAUGAAGAUAAUAGUUUUUGUAUUAAACUUUUUGAUAUUUACAAUGCAUUUUGUGAUAGAGAGUUAUUUUGGGAUGGCGCCAACAACAUUAUUAAUAAAAUACAGUGCCUAAAACCUGUUGGGUUAUUCCAUAGAUGGAUGGUGAGAAGAGGAAAUUUAAUGUGACCUGGUCUUUUGCCCAUAGAGAAUCGGUUUUGUAUUCCUUUGCUGCUUCUUACCAAAUAAAUUAACCUGUAAUAGUUAUUUACGAUACAAGUGCAGAAGAUAGGAAAUUCGCAACAAGUGGUGAUAUAUUAAAACACGACCGAAGGGAGUGUUUUAAAUUGGCACAAGUUCCGAAUUACCUAUUUGCACGUAUAUCAUACGUUUUACAGUACAUAUGGCUCUUUAAAGUUUCGACAUAUGCACGAAAAGUGCUCAUUCCUGCACGCGUGCGGGAAAGUAGCUCCAUAUGUAUAUGUACUGUAAAAAUAUUUUUACUGAACAUAGCAGAGGAUCACAAGGUGUAUGAAGAAGGAAGUUAAUUUAGUUUAAGAGGUAUCAUUUCCUUUCCUCUUAACAUUCAAUGCUGAUGUUGUAUUCCUAUUGUAAUUCUACCUACUUAUAAUAUUGUCUUUAUAACUAUUACGAUAUAAUAAAUGUAUGUAUUCUUCAAUUUUGAA